AUGUUUAAUCCAGAAGACGUUGAGAUUCUUAUAAGUAGCACAAAAUUUAAUACCAAAGGAUACAUUUACGAAUUUAUGAAACCCUGGCUAAAUGAAGGAUUGAUUCUUAGUAAUGGCGAAAAAUGGCAUCAACGAAGAAAAAUCCUCACACCCGCUUUUCAUUUCAACAUCCUAAAUGAAUUCAAUUCUGUGUUAUGGGAGAAAAGUAAUGAUCUAGUAAAGAAGCUUAAAUUUGAAGUGAAUAAAAUAAAAACUGAUCUUCAACCUUAUGUAACUGACCUCUCAUUGAAUUCUGUUUGUGAAACAGCAAUGGGUAUAUCCUUAGAUAAAGAAGCGUCUAAUUUCUCGAAAACAUAUAAAAGUGCUGUACACAAAUUGGGUUCAUAUUUAUUUUAUAGAAUCCAAAAAAUUUGGCUUUAUCCAAAUAAGAUAUUCAGCAUUUCUCCCGUUGGACGCGACCAAAUAUAUCUACUGGAUCUUUUAAGUUCGUUUCGAAACAAAGUAAUUGCUAAAAGAAUAGAGAGUAGUGAUGAUAGAAAAAUAUGUACAGAUAAAGUAAAUGAUGAUUGUAAUAGUGUCGAUGAUACAAUCGGAACUAAAAAGAAAAGACUGGCGAUGUUGGACUUAUUAUUAGAAUCUGAAAAAGAAGGUAAAAUCGACAGGGAAGGAAUACAUGAAGAAGUUGAUACUUUUAUGUUUGCUGGAUAUGACACCACGGCAACCGCUCUUCAGUACGCGUUUAUGCUUUUAGCUAACCACAAAGAAGCCCAGGAUACAAUUUUGGAAGAGAGUGCUCAGAUAUUAAAUUCACCGGACAGUAAGCCUACCAUGAACGACUUAUCACAGAUGAAAUACUUAGAGGCGUGUAUAAAAGAAACCUUAAGGUUGUAUCCUCCUGUUCACUUUAUAAGUAGGCAAAGUGACCAACCGGUGCAAUUUACAAAGUAUAAGUGUCCUCCGGGAACAAAUUAUGUUAUUGUAAUCUACGAAUUGCAUAGACGAAGCGAUCAAUACGAAGAGCCUUUGGAAUUUCGACCAGAACGAUUUCUAAAGCCGCCAACUUGGCAUCCGUUUUCGUAUAUUCCUUUUAGUGCUGGACCAAGGAACUGUAUAGGUCAGAAAUUCGCGAUGCUAGAAAUGAAGAUGGCCAUCUUAGCUGUUCUCCGAGAAUACCGACUUUUACCCGUCACUAAGCCGGACGAUAUCGUCAUCUACAUGGAUAUGAUAUUGCGGUCAACGGAACCAAUAUACGUUAAAUUCGAAAAAAGAACUGUCUAAUAAUAAGAAAUAUAUUCCAGUGUACACCACCACUAGUUCUGAAUUGAAAACCCAUUGAAUAUAUUAUACAGUUGUUAAAAUUUUCCAGAAUGUACCUUUCAACAUCUUGCAGCAUCGUUGAUAGUGAGAGGCUGUUUUCAUUAAAUGGCCUCGUAUA